UUUUUUCCCCACUCCCGGGUGAGUAAAAAUUAAAAAGGCGCCACUUGUGCUUGGUGGGGGAGCGGCUGCUCCCCCGCUCUCCCCAGCUAUGCUACUGGUGCAGGGAGCAGAUUAAAUGGCUCAAGAGUAAGUACAAGAAGAACAGAAACCAGAACCACACCUCAGUCAAUUCAGCAACUUCAUGCCUGAUUUAUGAGGGGUUUAACCAGGUGCUGGGCACUGCGCCCAGCAUAGAGCUAACUGUGGUCAGCCAGGACAGUGCCUUCUGUCCCCUGAAUCCGGCAUGGGAACUGAUGUGACCCCUCAGCAGGCUCCAAGUGAGGAGCAUGAAGUGACUGUUUAUUAAACUAGUCCAGAGCAGGCUGUGGGACAGGAUCAACACCAAAUUCUGGGUACAUACUCAGAGGAACUGUUUGAUGCUCCCCACCCCCAAGGAACACCCACUCACUGCCAAGCCUGCAGCAAAUCCAGAGAAGACAGAAGCCAUCCCUGAGCCCGUUGACUUUCCUACACCAAACUGGUUGACAACAGAAGUCUGAGGUGGCCAGUUUCCAGACGGUUAUAGCAGCCUGCUUGUGGACAGGCAAGGGUGCCCUCAAGUGUGUGUCUUUACACUGGAGAGUUAGGGUAAGCUACUCACAAAGAUCCAGAAAUGUGUCUUUCUUCAUGCGAAAGUUCUAGACCCACUGCUGGUCAUCCCGUUGCUAGCCAUUUGCAGUGCUGUAAAGUGCUGUAAAGUGCCAGUGUAGACAAGUCCUCAGAUGGGAAGAGUGGCUCCGCCCCCACCCAUCCAGGAGGGCUAUCAAAAUUAAGUGGGCCAUUGUAGGACAAAAGUUUUGUUAAUUGCCCAUCCACCCAUGGAGUAAGAAGGCCUCAUCCCAUUGAUUUAAAUGCUGGAAGAAGCAAAUAAAAAUAGUGAACGAGAAGAUUUUUCAUCUCUUUGCUGUUUGAACUCUGACAUGGGCAGACACUAGAAACAAAAGCAGAGUUCUCCAGGGUCAACCUGGGAUUAGCCCUAAAAGAGAUUCAGUUUUGACAGAUUAUUAUAUCUCUGUUACCUUUUGGAACCAUAGACUGAACUCAUUUGUGCAUAUAUGUUGCCUGCUUUAAAUUGUACAUAACUCUCUCAUUUCUUUUUCCUAGUUAAUAAAUCCUUAUUUAGUUUAUUAUAGGAUUGGCUAUCAGCAUUGUCUUUGAUGUGAGAUGUAAGGUACAAAUUAAUCUGUGGUAAGUGACUGGCCUCUGGGGCAUGAGAGCAACCUGAAUAUUUUGUGAUUUUUGGUAUAAGUGACUCAAUGGUAAGACUGCUAUAGUGAUCUAGGAGUUCCCUUUUGUUACUGGUGAAAUCUAAUUAUAGAAUAUUCACCCAGUUUGGGGUGUCUGCCCUGCUUUUGACAGUCUGUCCUGUGGUUGGGAUUCACAGUCGUGAACCAUUCCAGACAGUGUUACAGGUGCUUUUAAAAUAAUCAGUUUCAAAACUCCCAUUUUGUCCUCUUUUUUCAAGUGAUGUUUGAAAGCUCCUCAUUCCAUUUUUGGCAGUGCAAUCUGUUUCCAUAGCAAUGGAAAAAGCAGCCACCAGUAGAAAUGUAAGAGGAAUGCUUUCAGAUAUAUGUGGCUAAAGCUGAGGGCUAAAUUUUUGUUUUCUUCAGUAGCUCCAACAGAUUUUAGGCUCCAACAGACUCGUAAAAAUUCACCUCCAUUAAUUUUGUUAGAGUUACUCCAAGGAAGAAUAUGGUCCAAUAUGUCUAAACAUACUUUGAAAAUUUAAGAUUUUGUUAAAGAGGAGUUUUUUAAUAUAUCACAUUAAAGACAUUUUUUAAAUUAUUUCAUUUGAUAAAUGGAAUAAAAAGAACAUUCUGCAAAAGCAAUGACCCACUUCAGGAAAGUCAGUUAUACUGGAUUCCUACACUUCUUGGGUAGCUGAAGGUAUGUGUGUGGGUAUAAUAUAAAACUGCACAUGUCUUAUGCUAUUCCUUAUGCUCAGUCUCAUUUCUUUAUACAUAUGCAAAAUAUGUUAAUACAGUAUUAUAGUUGAAAUUGUCAAUGCAUAAGAAUUUUUAAAAAGUAAGUUUCCACAGCCACUGUAACUUGGGCUUGUAAUUGGGAGGCAUUUUGUAUUAGUGUAUAUAGUGCUAGACUUUAUGUAGGAGUGGAUUAAGAUAGAACCUUGGUAUCCAUGUUUUACGAUCAGUGACUGGGAGGAGUACAGCUGACUGAUGCAAACCUGGUGCCUACUCGGGUGGGCUGGGCUUGGCAGGAAGAUCAAGAAUUUGUAGGUAGGAGGAAGAUAAGAGACAAUUUGUUGUGCAGGUGGCCAGUCUGGGAGGGUGAGAUAUUUUGGGUGAGGUUUGGCUUGAAGCCAGAACCUGUAGGGCAAUGCAGAUGUAUUGGGGGCCUUAAAAUGUGGGGUGAUCCAGGCCCUAUUUAGCCUUAUAUCCAGAAGUGAAUUAUACAUCUGCAGUGUAGUUAUGAUUGCUGUGGAAACCAUAAUUUUGAUUUUUCAGGUACCUGUGCAUUUGAAAUCCAAAGUGUUUUUUGGAUGGAAUUUGCUUGGUUUUGUGUGUGGGAAUAAAAGACUGAAUAUAGUAAUUGCACAGAUGUGUUUAUUUCAGUCUGAAAUGAGAGAAGCAAAAAUGCUCACAAAUUGAAGUACAUACACUAACUUGGUAUAUUACAUGUGUAUCUGGAGCUCUGCAGCUUGUUAUAUAUAUUCCACCUAUUUUGCAUAACUUCUGUUUAUUUCAAUAUGUGAUUUAAUUUUCUAAGUAGGAAAGGGAGGAUGAGAGAGAUUAUAUAUUAAAAAUAAAUGCAUUGGUCUUGUAAAACUAAACUUCUCUUAAAGGAACAUUGUUAAGGUUCGCAGGGAUCAAAUUUCACUUUUUCUUUCUAAAUCUAUUUACCAUGUCCAUUCAGUUUUGUUUUUCCAAAACAAAUGAUACAGUGAUAUAUAUAUUUUUUAAUUAUGCCAGUAGUCAGGAAUAACUUCCAUAACAAACAAGAAUGCAUGUGUCAUGGAGUCAAAAAAAGCUUGCUAAGGGAACAGAAUUCAUUUUAAAGUUUUAAGGCAGGAAAAGUUCCAGGCUAUAUUACAAAUUGGAGACAUGAUUAAAACAGAGUUCAGUUCAGUCUGUACUGUAAGACUUUAUUUUAAAUACCAUAGAAUCAUAGGACUGGAAAGGACCUUGAGAGGUCCUCUAGUUCAGUCUCCUGAAGGGAAACUGCCAUGUAAUUCAAUCUCCUGCCACAGUUGAUUUAAUAGUGUAGACAAGACAGGAAGUUACUUUGAAACAUGAACCUAACAAGUAUUUUGUCCAUACUAAACAUUUUGACAUGUCUGUGUUACAAAACUGUGCUAAAAUAGGCCUAUGACUGGGGAGGCCUAUAGCAUGGUUUCUUGAAGUAUGAUUGGUUUAAAACAACAAAACCCUGUCCACCACAGACACUGGAAUUGCUCAGAGAAUGCUAACUACCUCCAUGUUUGAAAAUGGUUGUCAAGCAAUUGUGCUUGAUAGCAACUAUUUCUGAAUAGGUUGUAGCUGUUCUAUUUCAAUGGAUACAGGUCUAUAUAUAAUUUGAUUUUGUCUGUGUGGCUUGUGACAACAUCUGAACCUCAAUGGCUUAGUAACUGAGGAUCUGAAAAUAAAAGUUCUAUUUUGGCUAGAUUUAUUUUUAAUAGAAAUGAAUUUGCAAUUAAGGAUUGGAACACAGUCCUUUCCAUAAGUCACCAGUACAAAACCCAGCUCAGGUUGGUAAUAACUUUGCCAUAAUUGUUGGCAAUAUCAACAGAGUCCAAUGACAGACUGGGCCCAUAGACAACUACUAGCUUCUUCCUAGAGGCAGUCCUUGAAUUGGGAGAUAGAAGAUGAUCUUGUUAAUAGCCUGGCUUCUGUUGGUUGAAAAUGAUGGAUCAUAUCAGUUUCCCCCUAAUUCAGAUCUGGAGAGGUGGCUCUCCACAUCAGAGUUGAGAUGCAUUGGCAGGUCAGCAUGGGCCAGCUUGCACAGCUGUAGCUAGUUAUGCACCUAUUCCAUUUGCAAACUCACACACACACACGUUUUCAAAAUAAGUGAAUUGGGAUAAACCACAGCAGAUAAGAGAAGUGUGGGUCUUGCUUAAACCGUUCACUUCUGGAUGAGUGUGACAGCAGGAGUUUUGAAAGAAUCCUUCUCACGGAGAGGCUUUGUUUCACGCUCCCGCAUACGUGCAUGAAGAAGCAUAUGUCUAGCUAUCUAUAGCUUCAUAGAGAGACCAAUAAUUAGUCUAGAGGAAUUGUUUUUCUUCCUUCCUCUCCUGCGGCUGCAGCAGAAAGCGAAGGGGUGUGGGUCUGCGUGUGUGAAUGUGUGUGAUACGUGCCUAGCUGCACUAUGCUCCAUGGCCGCCCCACCUGCCACAAGCCCUGGGCUGCCCCGCCCUCCUUUGCGCUGUACACUGAAACACAUGCUAGGAGAGCCCGCCCAGGACUGCCGGAGAAAGCAUCAGAAGGAACCAAUCACCGUACAAGAAGGCGGGUUGACCUGCAUGUGCUCCUGUUUGUGUACGUGCAGGAGCCGGUUUCCAGCAGAGUGGGAGGGGAGUUCAGCACGGAGGUUCCUUUUUAGCGCUUGCACGGUGUCUGACGCGCUACAUGCACUAGACAGAAUCGGGGUCGGGCGUGCUGGGCUUCUCCUCCAUUCGCCCCACCGCAGCAGCCGUCCCAGAACACGGAGUAAGUAAUCCUCAGCCGAAAAGAGACAAUGUGGAUGAUGCUGGAUUGCAGCUCAGAGUCUGACGGCUUGAGCCUCCUGCUUGAGGCGGGGACUGGGGUGAAUGCACCCGCAGAUGCCUUUGGUCAGUCCCCAGCUCACUUGGCUGCUUGUGGAGGACAAGCUUUUUUCCUACUCUGGCAACUGCAAACAGGCGCUAAUCUCAACCAACAGGAUUGCCAUGGAGAAGCUCCUAUUCAUAAGGCAGCUAAAGUUGGGAGCUUGGAGUGUCUUGCUCUACUCGUUGCCAGUGAUGCCAGAAUAGAUUUGUGCAAUAAUGAUGGACAAACAGCAGAAGAUCUUGCAUGGGCUUUUGGAUUUCUGGAGUGUGCCAAGUUCCUCACAACUGUUAAACAUACUCAAAAUAUGAAGCUAAGAGAACAAUCUAGCUGCUCACUUAAAGACAAUUGUGGUUUGCCAAGAGAGGCUUCAGCUGGACAGAAACGAGCAUAUGGAAUUAUGGGACCCACAAACAGAAAGAGGAGGAGAUCAGAUGAUAUCACAUCUUAGACUGCAAGUGGGAAAAUCCAUAACCCUGUAAAGAAUCUGUAAGAAGAAUCUGAAAUCUGCAAAAAACACCAUUAUUGGUCUAUGAACUAAGCAGCCCAAUAUUUGAUUGUUCUGCUGUUUCCUUCUGAGGAAGAGGAAAUCUUGGUUACUUUUGCUUCUUGAAGAAGACAUUUUUCUAGAAUACUUGUAUUCGCACAGGUGUGUGUGUGUGUGUGUGUUCAAUUGUAGACUAUGUAUAAUAGGGCAGCCUCUUCUCUGGUAAAUAGCAAAACAAAGUUGAUACUUAGCACAUACAGUGUUUCUCUCUGUGCUAUAGGAGAUUAACAUUUUGAUUAAGUGGCAUUCCCUGCCUAUCACGUUGUUGUGUGAUAUUACUGGCUGCUGUCAAACAGUUACCACACUUCACUACAGAGAGGGGUCUAUUGGUGCCCUAAGGAUAGUUUAGGGUCAGUUUAAAGUCACAUUUAAUUCUGCACAUCUUACUAACGAGCCGUCUUUGCUUUUAUGAGCAAGAGCUGCUUACAUGAGUAAACGUUAAAGGACCAGCCCCUAAAUUUGUAAAGCACUUCAGGAGCCUUCAGAAAGCAAGAGACAUUACAAAUAUUAGAUUAUCUUAAUUUUGGCAAUUGAGAUAAAG